AUGCAAUAUUAUUUACUAAUUGCUUUAUUGUUUACUUUGACAAAUGCUCUUCCAUUACCAAUUUUUCAAAAGAGAAAAUAUGUCACAAGAAUGCACACCGCUAGCACAAGUACUUUUACCGAUGUUUAUUCAACAACUACUGAAAUAGUGGUUGCACCAACAGUGGAAUUCAUUAUUAGUGAUGAUUUAACUUUCACAACUACUUUAUAUCCUUCAGGAGUCGAUACUAAUGUUGAACCAACUACCACAUUGACAUCUUAUAUUAUUAAACAAGUUUCAGGUCACGCUCAUAGCAGUAAUGCUCCAGCUACCUCUCAAGUUCAAACAGUGUCGACUACUGUUAUUGAAAAUACUCCAACUACCUCUGCUGCUCCAUCUCCCUCCACGCCGAAUACUCUAACUCAGCAAACUUCUACUCAGCAAACCUCUACUCAGCAAACCUCUACUCAGCAAACCUCUACUCAGCAAACUUCUACUCAGCAAACUUCUACUCAGCAAACUUCUACUCAGCAAACUUCUACUCAGCAAACUUCUACUCAGCAAACUUCAUCUGUUGUUGAUAAACAAAUUUCUAAAGUUGCUUCAUCUACUCCACAAACUUCAACUUCGCAAACUUCAGAGGAGCAAACCUUCAUUCAACUUACCUCGACUCAGCAAACCUCGACUCAGCAAACCUCGACUCAGCAAACUUCAGAACAACAAGCCUCAACUCAACAAACUUCAGAACAACAAGCCUCAACUCAACAAACUUCAGAACAACAAACCUCAACUCAACAAACUUCAGAACAACAAACCUCAACUCAACAAACUUCAGAACAACAAACCUCAACUCAACAAACUUCGGAACAACAAACCUUUAUUCAACUUACCUCCACUCAAAAAACCUCCACUCAGCAAACUUCUACCCAACAAACUUCGACGCAGCAAACCUCCACUCAGCAAACUUCUACUCAGCAAACUUCUACUCAACAAACAUCAUCUCAACAAGCUCCUUCCCUAGCUCCUUCCUCUGCUGUUGACAAGCAAGUUUCUACAGCUGCUUCAGCUGCUAUUUCUUCUCUCCCAACUGCUUUAACAUAUUCUCCAUAUAACAAUGAUGGUACUUGUAAAGAUGGUAAUACAGUUCAAAGUGAUUUACAAUUGAUCAAAUCUAAAGGUGUCUCUAAGAUCCGUGUCUAUGGUGUUGAUUGUAAUUCAUUAGAAACUGUUAAUCCAGUUGCUGCUAAGUUGGGCAUUACAAUUAACCAAGGAUUAUGGAUUAGUGGUAGUGGUGUUGAUUCUAUUGAUUCUGGUGUUCAAAGUUUAAUUUCUUAUGGUCAAACAAAUGGCUGGGGUGUAUUUCAAUUUAUUACUAUUGGUAAUGAAGCUGUCCUGUCUGGUUUUUGUUCAGUUAAUGAUCUAAUAAAUAAGAUUUCUUCUGUUAAACAACAGUUAAGAAAUGCAGGCUAUAAUGGUCUGGUUACUACCAGUGAACCACCAGUUACUUUUGAAAACAAUCCCUCUCUAUGUACUUCAAGUGAUAUUGAUUUUGUUGGGAUUAACGUCCAUUCAUAUUUUGAUGUUAACUCCCAAGCAUCAACUGCUGGUUCAUUCCUUAAAGGUCAAGUUGCAAUUACACAAAAUGUAUGUGGAUCAAAAAAUGUGGUUGUUACUGAAACUGGGUAUCCAUCAGCAGGUAUUCAAAAUGGUGGAAAUAUUCCAAGUAAACAAAAUCAAAUCAUUGCAGUUAACAGUAUUUUAAGUGAUUAUUCGACUGAUGUUACAAUUUUAUCAACUUUUGAUGAUUUAUGGAAAUCUCCUGGUCCUUAUGGUAUUGAACAAUCUUUUGGUAUUAUUUAUGAUUUAGCUUAG